UAGCGCACACAAGCCGCGCACACGUACAUAUACACGUGUACACACGCGGCACACGUGCAGGCUCUGCCGGUGUUGGUACCGGUGUAGGUGUACGCCUCGUAGGUGUACACCAUCGCGGUUUGGCGCGGCGGCCGCGUACUGUUCUUGGCACAGUUUCUGGUCAUCUCCUAUUGCGAGCGGAACUCGCGCGAGCUGGACCCGUGCGUGCGAUUUCCUCGCGUCCCGUCUCGUCCGCGCAUCGCGUCGCGCCUCUUCCGCGCGCGGAAUUCCGGAUCUCCCGUCCGGAUCGGAUCGGAUCGGUGAUCGCAUCCGCGUGAUUGAUCUCGGGAAAAGGGCGAAGAGUCACGCGCACCGAGAAAAAAAUGCAGCUGACAACGUGUUGCAGAUGUUGUUCCCUGAAAACGGGGACAAUUUUCAGUGGAGUAUGCGGAAUCAUACUCGCCAUGAUUGCUCUAAUCCUGAUCUUUACGGCAAAUGUAGAAUGGAAAACAAUAAUUGUCGAUGUCCUAGACAAAACAGCCGUGAAGAUAAUCUUCGCAAUCAACCUCUGUAUGACCAUUCUAAUCUCCACCCUGCUCUUAGUCGGCGUUAUAAGGAAAAAUACCUUUAUGAUGCUUCCAUGGGUUGUUCUGGGUAUUAUGCUAGCCGUUGCCCUUCUUGUGAGCGUUCUUUAUACGGCAAUUAUGUUCUUCAUACACCACGAAGUCAUAAACGGUGUUCUUUGGCUCAUCCUCGGUCUAAUGGCUGUUGUGUUUUACACGUACAUGUGGCUGGUGGUAUAUAGUUAUUUCCAUCAGCUGAAGAUCGAGAAGAUGAGCGGAAGAAUGGGACCCUAUGGAAAACCGUACAAUUAUCGGCGACCAUGAGAGUAAGAUUAAAUGCGAUUAAGUAGACACGAUCGAAUAUUGAGUGAAAAAAUAAAAAAAUAUGUCCUAUUGACUCACUGACUAAAACUGAUUUUCUACGAUUAUAAUUUAUUGUGUGAUAAAUCAUGCAAGAUGAAGUAAUGAAAUAAGAAUAUAUUUUCGCACACCUUAAGUCUUUACAUAAUAUGUACAUAAUAUUUAUAUGUCUCCGUAAUACGUUAUACGAAGAUAUUCCACCAUAAUUUGUAUUUGCACCAAAGCAGAAUAUUUUUCGAUUUAUACAUGACUGGAUGUUUCGCAACAUCUCAUAAUCCACAUAAAGUGAGUAUAUAAAGUACAAGUAAACCUAGAUUUUAAGAAGUAUUUAUUAUUAUUAAUAUUCUAUCUCUUCUUGUUGUAUAAAUAUGAUUUAUUACUAUCAUAUUAAAUCUUUAAUUGAUCGAACGAAUAAAUAUGUUUGUAAUUUCAAA